CUUCCCCGGCAGCCACGGUCAUUUCAGCCUCGCCUUUGUUCCGCUUCAAACUCAGCAGCCCGCAGCUGGACGCGCCGCGCAGCCUCCGCGUGCUCGUCGUCGCGCGCAGGACACGCUCCUACUAUUGAUUUCCGUUACUACGGCAUCCUCCCCUCCUCCUCCUCAUUCUCCUCCUCCCCCAUCACGCUCACGCUUCCCACCUCCCCUCAGCCUCUCGCCUCUCGCCUCUUCCUGGGACUGCAGCAGUGAAACCGCUGCAUCGAAGAAGACAAGAAACAAGAGAUCUCGGCGCGAUGCCCACUACCUCUGCCGCCGAGUAGAGAGGGGAAUCGGGGAACGCUCGAGGCUCCGCGAGCUCGCUACGAUGCGCCCGCUCCUCCGUGCACUGCCGACAGUCUCUGCGACGUUGCUCCGGCUGAAGUGAGGGUGAGGAUCUCCUGGUCACCGUCUCAGCACCGCCCGCCGUCCCCUCCAAUGGAAGGAGACAUCAUUACCUAAUCAUCGUGUCCUGGCAGCUGACUGACUCCUCAACACCAGCUCUGUGGGAAUACAGCACCAGGAAGAAUAAAGGAAGUUUGUAAUUAUUGCACCCCGUGGAAUAAAAGCUCAAUAUAGUUGAAUUAAAAGACUUUUCGUGCCAACUACCACUGUGCCAAGAUGGAUGAUACACAUAACAACAGGACUUCCUUGGCCAAAGGUGCCAAGGACAUCGCCAAGGAAGCUAAGAGGCACGCUGCCAAGAACUUCAGCAAAGCUGUUGAUCGCGCCUCGGAUGAAUACUCCACUCACCGCAGCUACAACCGCUUCCAGAACGAGGACGAGGACGACAACAACUACAACGCCCACUCCCACCCCGACGGCCGCUACGGCAACAACGCAGACGACGACGAGGAGGGCGCCUCCAGCGACGCCACCGAGGGCCACGACGACGAAGACGAGAUCUACGAGGGCGAGUACCAGGGCGUGCCGGCCCACGGCGGCGGCAAGGCCCGGGACGGCCAGGUGGCCCUGGGCCAGCCGGUGCCCGACAGCCUGAAGAGCCGCAAGGAGCUGGAGAAUGAGAGGCAGGCGGACGAGGAGGAGCUGGCCCAGCAGUACGAGCUCAUCAUGCAGGAGUGCGGCCACGGGAGGUUCCAGUGGCAGCUCUUCUUCGUGCUCGGCCUGGCGCUGAUGUCAGACGGCGUGGAGGUGUUCGUGGUGGGCUUCGUGCUGCCCAGCGCCGAGACGGACAUGUGCGUGCCCAACUCUGGCGCCGGAUGGCUGGGCAGCAUCGUCUACCUGGGGAUGAUGUUUGGAGCCUUUUUUUGGGGCGGCCUCUCAGACAAGUUGGGCCGUAGGCAGUGCCUGCUGAUCUCCAUGUCUGUCAAUGGCUUCUUUGCCUUCCUCUCCUCCUUUGUCCAAGGAUACAGCAUGUUUCUCCUCUGCCGCAUGGUGUCCGGGUUUGGGAUUGGCGGAGCGGUACCAAUAGUAUUCUCGUACUUUGCGGAGGUGUUGGCUCGGGAGAAGCGAGGGGAGCAUCUGAGCUGGCUGUGCAUGUUCUGGAUGAUCGGAGGGAUCUACGCCUCAGCCAUGGCCUGGGCCAUCAUCCCCCACUACGGCUGGAGCUUCAGCAUGGGUUCGGCCUACCAGUUCCACAGCUGGAGAGUCUUUGUGGUGGUGUGUGCGCUGCCAUGCGUCUCCGCCGUGGUAGCUCUCACUUUUAUGCCCGAGAGCCCCCGUUUCUACCUGGAGAUGGGGAAACACGACGAGGCCUGGAUGGUGCUCAAGCAAAUCCACGACACCAACAUGCGCGCUCGUGGAGAGCCCGAGAGAGUGUUCACGGUGAACAGGAUCAAAAUCCCCAAACAGCUGGAUGAGCUGGUGGAGAUGCAGAAUGAGUCAGCCAACCCUGUGCUCAAGGUCCUCUCCAAGAUCAAGUCCGAGCUCAGAGGAAUCUGGUCGACUUUCUUGAGAUGCUUCACCUACCCAGUGAAAGACAACACGCUGAAGCUGGCUGCAGUCUGGUUCACUCUGUCUUUUGGGUACUAUGGUCUGUCCGUAUGGUUCCCGGAUGUCAUCAAGCACCUCCAGGCUGACGAGUACGCCUCCAGAGUGAAGAUUCACAACAGCGAACGCAUUGAGGACUUCACCUUCAACUUCACUCUGGAGAACCAGAUCCACAGGAACGGGGUCUUUCUAAAUGACAGGUUCAUCGGCAUGAAGUUCAAAGCUGUCACAUUUAUUGAUUCCUCUUUCCUCAACUGCUAUUUCGAAGACGUCUCCUCGGUCGGUUCCUUCUUCAAGAACUGCACCUUCGUGGAUUCCUUCUUUUACAACACGGAUAUUGAUGACGUCAAGCUCACAAAUUCCAAAGUGAUCAACAGUUCCUUCCACCACAACAAGACAGGCUGUCAGAUGACGUUUGAUGACGAUUACAGCGCCUACUGGGUCUAUUUCGUCAACUUCCUGGGAACCCUGGCUGUGUUGCCUGGGAACAUCGUCUCGGCUCUUCUGAUGGAUAAAAUAGGACGUCUUAGCAUGUUGGGAGGCUCCAUGGUGCUAUCGGGCAUCAGCUGCUUCUUCCUUUGGUUCGGCACCAGCGAGUCCAUGAUGAUCUUCAUGCUGUGCCUCUACAAUGGCCUCAGCAUCUCUGCCUGGAACUCCCUGGAUGUAGUGACCACUGAGCUGUACCCAACAGACAGGAGGGGAACGGGCUUUGGCUUCUGUAACGCCAUGUGUAAGCUGGCAGCAGUGCUCGGCAACCUGAUCUUCGGUUCGCUGGUGGGGAUCACCAAGGCCAUCCCCAUCCUGCUGGCCUCGUCUGUGCUGGUCUGCGGCGGCCUGGUCGGCCUCCGACUGCCGGACACGCGUGCCAAUGUCCUCAUGUAGACCUCAGCUCAAAACAGAACCUUGUGAACCAGGUGUUUGCUCAGUUUGCCGAAUAAUAAUCCAUUUUUAUGUCACUUUAAAAGCUUUGCUGCAAUCGUUGGAAGUUAUUAUUUUAUCGAUGUUGUUGGCUGCCUCUGCACAUGCAAACACAGGACGAGUGUGAUUGUUAUUCUGUCACCUCUGAGAGAAAUACCUGGUAAAGCAAGACACUAAAAUGCAGUUUUCCUAAACAGAGCUACAGAUAUUAGGAGUCGAAUGAGUCGAGUGUCGGUGGCUGCUGACAUCACCUCGUGGUAAAACUCUACAUAUCGGCAGCUCAUUAUCAGACAUGGGCUGUUCCACAUGCAGUCUAAAACUGCAUGUGUCAUACAGUAGCUGCAAAAGACUUGGACUUCUGACAGCUGCUCUUAAUGGAAUAGUUUGACAUCUUGAGAAAACUUAUUUGUUUGCAGUUACGGUAAAUAAAAACCAGUUCAUAUACAGUAAUGAAACAAUUACCUUUAGAUGCUACGUUCAACAACAUGUCAGUGACACAUGAAUACAACAGCAAUUGUGCAAAGUUUGCUUUUUGUUCAUGCUAAGCUACGCUAACCAGGGGCCGACUGUAGCCCAGAGUUCCUCAGUCAUCUAACUCUCAAAAUGUCACACUCCUCCUUUAAGAGAAUGUUAUUUUGUAAAUGCUGUGUAUUUUUUUUAGGAAGGUUAAUUUUUUUAUUUAUUGUCAUUUUGUUUUUAGCUGCUGUGCUUUUUGUUGGCGUUGCACACAGUCAAUGAGGUUCAAGCUUUUUGCUGCAAUUUGCAAGAAUAACAAGGCCAUAGAAUAAAAAAAAAACCUAUAUACAAUAAUGUAGGCUAGUCAACAUGGGCAACUUCAGCAGCUACAUUUCUAAAAUGAAAAGAAGAAGUUUACAUUUUCUGCUUUUUACAGUUUCAGACUUUUGAGAUUGAAAAUCUUUUGUCCGAACGCUUCCUCUCGCGUCGUGUUGUGUUUUGUCUUGUUGCUCUUCGCCGCGAUCUGAUCCGUCAAGGAGACUUUUUACUCUUAUAGAACUCUUCCUCUUUCUCUGUAAGUCGUUUGGUCGUCUGGCUCUGUUCUUCCUCCCCUGCCUCGCUGCUGCAACCUCCAAAACCCAAAGGCCUUUCUCAACUGUCGUGCCUCUCUCUCUUCUCUCUCUCUCUCUCUCUCUCUCUCUCUCUCUCUCUCUCUCUCUCUCUCUCUCUCUCUUUAACAGUGUCACUAUCUCUCUUCCAAACCUUGCCAGACGCUUCGCUGCUCUGUCCUGCCCUCGUCUCAUGACCCUGCAGUGUGUUUGUUGUGCGUGAGUGUGAGUGCUCUAAAAGAUCCAGCAGGCAUCUUGCAUAUAAACAGAUAUGUGAAAGCCACGCUUUAAACGUUACCUUUGAUAACUAUGAGUACAGUCUGUACAAAAUGCCAAGGCUAAACUUCCUCAGCGUGAAGCGUCGUUCUAGGAACUAUGUCUUUUUUUACCAUUCAGCUCCAUUAUGCUUAGUCAGAUAAUCAAUAGCUGGAAAAACCGACACCUGCAAACUCAGGCACUAUUCGAAUGAACAGACUCUUUCAAAUAAAAACUCUUGCUGCUUUCCUAAAAUUAAACAGAUAAUUUAUGAGAAACGCAAUAUGUUUUUUUCCUUCCAGUCAUUUUCAAACAAACAUCAAAAUGUGUUUCUGUUGCUUUGAUCAUAUUUAACACACGGUAAAAAAUGGAUUCCCUUCUUACAGCCAUCAUUUUAACCGAUGAGGAUGUUUGAUGCUUUAGCUGCCCGCUCGUCUGCAUCGACCCUUCAGACUCACUCUUUCCAGAUGAAAUCCUGCAUGUUUGUUACUGUUGCUCUGUUGUGCGUGUUUUUUUUUCCUGUUUCUGUGUCUUUGCUGUUCCUCCGCAGGGAGUGAAUGUAUCAUCCUCGUGUCUUGUCAGAUUUUAUGUGGACAGGUGUUUAUUAUACUGAGCUGACUUCUAGGUCACUGUGAAAAGGCAUGAUCUGUAGUACCAGAUGUUCCCCAGCAGGGAGGCUCAAAUCCUCAUGUUUCCUGUCAGUUUAACUGGAAAGCCACUCAAAAUGCCAAGUGUGACUUUCUGAUUUGAACACCUUUGCUGUCAAACUAAACGUGUCGUGUAAAAAAAAAAAAAACAGUCUCCAGUCCUCGAUAUGAUUUAUUUUAAUAAGAAAAGCUUCAAGUGGACGCAGUGCAAAGGUGGAUUCCUCCGGUGUCUACGUGCUGAAUAAAGAGUUUCAUUUGAACAACU